UGUAAAGAAUACUUAGAAAGAAAAGGAUUGAGAGUAAAAGUACUGAAUGAAUCUUUUAUUACCGAAGACUCUUUUGGAGGAUUGAAGAAAUAUGGAGAAAACCUGAAAAAAUUUAGAAAACAAGAAUUAGAUAGAGAACAAUUCCAAAAAGAAACUAUAGAAUGGGAAAAAUUGAUAAGAGAUAAUUGGAUAACUUAA